CUGACAUUUAAACAAUAAAUUAUUCAAAAGAACAAGAGCUAGCUUUACUGAUAACAUUUGGUAACUGCGUCGAAGGCCGCCAAACUUAUUGAGAAAUUACAAGAAUUUCAAUGCUGUUAACAUAAUUGAUAUGAUACUCAUCUUCUGCCUGGCCGCUAUAGCCAUUGCCUGUGCCCAGGCCAAGCCCGGCGGUCCCGCCGCCUAUUCGAUUAGUGCGCCUAGCGUGGACCAUGCCUCGGUAGGCAAUACACAGGAGCAUACGGUGAAGGGACACUACGGCCAAUCGUCUCAGUCUGACUAUGCCAGUCAGGUGCAGACCGCUCACUCCCAGUCCCAUGUGCAGCGCUCCAGCAUCAGCAACGAUGGCGGCCUGGCGCCCGCCCACUAUGCCGCCGCGCCACAAGUCGCCAGCUAUGCACUUGGACACACCGCGCCCGCCGCCCAAAUACAGCUGACCAGCGGGCACGCCGCCUUGGGCCAGGGUCUGGCCUAUGGUGGACACUAUGCAGCCGCCGCUGCUGCGCCCACGCUCGCCUAUGGCGGUCAUUACGCCGCUGCCGCUCCAGCUCUGGCCUAUGGGGGCCACUAUGCAGCCACUGCGCCCGCUCUGCAGCUGUCGGGCGCCUCGCAUCUGGGCUAUGGCUAUGGAUAUAGUGCUGCCGCACCGGCGUUCUCGCAUGGUUAUCUGGCAGCUGCUGCACCCGCACCCGUUGUGAAAUACGCUGCCGCCGCACCAGCUUAUGCACCUGGCAUCAUCGGACAUGGCAUUGGACUGGCUGCACCGGCCUACGCAGCACCGGCCUAUGCCACGCAUCUGGCUGCCGGCCCAGUGCUCAAGGCUGCCGUUGCCGCACCCGCUCUGGUGCACACAUCCGUCUCCGGCCAUGGCAUUCAGUAUGGCUACUAGAGCUUGGGAUGACCCACAACCAUCACUGCCUAACAACCAUCACUCCCGCUACCGUCCACCGUCCACCAAGCCAUCCGCCAUCAGCAG